AUGGCUGUCAAGCAUGAACUACUACUUCUACUGUUUGUUCUUUCUCUUUGCAUGCAUGAUGCAACACCUGACUACCACCAAGCUCUCUCCAAGUCCAUUCUCUACUUUGAGGCUCAGAGAUCAGGGAAGUUACCGACAAACCAAAGAGUACAAUGGCGGGGUGACUCCGCUCUAAACGACGGAGCCGAUGCCGGUGUUGAUCUAGUUGGAGGGUACUAUGACUCAGGAGACAACGUGAAGUUUGGGUUUCCAAUGGCAUACACAGUGACAAUGCUUGCAUGGAGUGCAAUAGAGUUUGGAACACAAUUGCAUGAAAAGAAUGAACUCUCAAAUGCACAAGAAGCCAUUAAAUGGGGUACUGACUACUUGCUAAAGGCCCAUGCAGCUUCUCAAGUGCUUUACGUGCAGGUAGGAGAUGGAUACUCAGAUCAUGCAUGUUGGGAGAGACCUGAAGACAUGAACACCCCAAGGAACUCUUACAGGAUAGAUAAUACGAAGCCGGGCUCCGAUGUUGCCGCAGAAUCCUCUGCUGCCUUGGCUGCUUCUUCCAUUGUCUUUCAAGCUUCUGAUAAGAACUAUGCUAACAAGCUUCUCACCCAUGCAAAACAGUUGUUUGAGUUUGGGCAUAAACAUAUGGGCUUGUACUCAGAUAGUAUUCAACAGGCAAGAGGUUUCUAUCCAAGCAGUGGAUAUGAUGAUGAGUUGUUAUGGGCGGCUUCAUGGCUUCACCGUGCCACUGGAGAACAGGCUUAUCUAGACUUCCUUGCCAAUUCCUCCACCACCGGUGGCAAGCGAACUCUCUUCUCAUGGGAUGACAAAUUUGUUGGUGUCCAAACCCUAGUCUCAAAGUUGAUUCUAGAAGGAAAAAUUAAAGAGGAAGGAAUAUGGGGAGAGUACAAGAAAGCAUUGGAUGAGUUUAUGUGCUCCAUGAUUCAAAAGGGGAAUGGAAACAAUGUUAAGAUGAGUCCCGGAGGUAUGUUAUGGUGGCAACCAUGGAAUAAUUUCCAAUACACCACCUCUGCCAUGCUCAUCCUCGCCUCCCACUCUAACCACCUCGCCACCUCCGGCGCCACCCUUCAUUGCCCGGGUGCCACCGUAUCUGCUCGGCAACUCAUUUCUUUCAUACGAUCACAGGUGAAUUACAUUCUAGGUGCGAACCCAAAGAAAAUGAGCUACAUGGUUGGGUUCAGCCAGGUAUAUCCGGGUCAGGUGCACCACCGAGCCGCAUCAAUAGUUUCGAUCAAGAAGGAUCGGGCCCGUGUCACAUGCAACGGUGGGUUCGACUCAUGGUUCAACCGGAACGCACCCAAUCCGAACGUGAUUGACGGCGCGGUGGUCGGCGGCCCUGACGCCGGUGACAGUUACACUGACAGCAGGUCAAACUACCAGCAAGCUGAACCAGCCACCGUUACAACUGCUCCUCUUGUUGGAGUUUUAGCCCUGCUUGCUUGA